AGAAAAGAAAAGGACAGACAGACAGAAAGGGUCAGGGUCCUGAAGCAGCCGGACAUCCUGAAAGUCUGAUUCCCAUCUUGAGAGCCUCUUCCGAAAGGCCAUAUGUGGCCUGGCGCAGAGGGCACAGGACAGGAAGCUGCUGAGCACUGCUCUCUUUGCCUCUGAGGAGAGAUCAUCUUGCAGUACUAAGGCGUGCCCAUCAACUGUGCCCUGCAGACAGUGCUUGCUGACACCACCAUGCCAAGCUGGAUCCCUCUCCCUGCGUUCUGCUGCCUCCUUCUCCCCUGGGCCUUCACCGUCUUUCACAAAACCCUGGGGAACCCCGCCCCCCAUCCGGGUCCCCACUACCUCCUGCCCCCCAUCCACGAGGUCAUUCACUCUCGUCGUGGGGCCACGGCCACACUGCCCUGCGUCCUGGGCACCUCGCCUCCCAGCUACAAAGUACGCUGGAGCAAAGUGGAGCCCGGGGAGCUCCGGGAAACGCUAAUCCUCAUCACCAACGGACUGCACGCCCGGGACUACGGGCUCCUGGGAGGGCGCGCCAGCUUGCGGAGAGGGCAUCGGUUGGACGCCUCCCUGAUCAUCAAGAACGUGCGUCUGGAAGAUGAGGGUCGGUACCGCUGCGAGCUCAUCAAUGGCAUCGAGGACGAGAGCGUGGCACUGACCCUGCGCCUGGAGGGUGUGGUGUUUCCGUACCAACCCAGCCGGGGCCGCUACCAGUUCAAUUACUUCGAGGCGAAGCGGGCGUGUGAGGAGCAGGACGGACGCCUGGCCACUUACAGCCAACUCUACCAGGCGUGGACCGAGGGGCUGGACUGGUGCAACGCCGGUUGGUUGCUCGAGGGCUCCGUGCGCUACCCUGUGCUCAACGCGCGGGCUCCAUGCGGCGGCCACGGGCGGCCAGGCAUCCGCAGCUACGGGCCCCGCGACCGCAGCCGGGACCGCUACGACGCCUUCUGCUUCACCUCGGCCCUGGCAGGCCAGGUCUUCUUCGUGCCUGGACGGCUGACGUUGUCCGAAGCCCACGCGGCUUGCCGGCGGCGCGGAGCUGUAGUAGCCAAGGUCGGGCACCUCUACGCCGCCUGGAAGUUCUCGGGGCUGGAUCGGUGCGACGGAGGCUGGCUGGCGGACGGCAGCGUUCGCUUCCCCAUCACCACGCCGCGGCCGCGCUGCGGGGGUCUCCCUGACCCCGGGGUGCGCAGCUUCGGUUUUCCACGGCCCCAGCAGGCGGCCUACGGGACCUACUGCUAUGCCGAGAAGUAGGAGUGCAUUGCCCUGCCACGCCCAACAGAGUGGCGGGUCCCCUCUGGACAGACGAAGGCCGAGCCCCCCACACCUGCCUUCCCAGGCCAGCGAGGUGCUCCGGGCUCCUGGGUAAAGGGGCUUCCUGGGCAUUAACUGACCAAUAAAAUAACAUGGCACCUUCUUUGUUCGAUAA